CAUGCCGAAUGGUUGUAGCGGCUGUGUGGAGAGGCCAACACCCGAUUUAAAUGUAUACCAGAGUAGGAAGACACUGGCACAGGGUAUGAUGGACUUGGCGCUGUUCACGGCGAAUGCGCAUCAACUGCGUCAUGUGUGGGAGACUAAAUCCCAUCAACCAUAUUUUUAUUUCAGUAUAGUGUUCAUUUCGGUGAGCAUCUUAUUCCAGAUUGCCGUCGGCAUCGGACUUAUAUGGAAUUACAGAUACGAUAUUAAGAACGAGGAGGAAAUCCGUCAUGCGUACAGAAAUAAUAAUUACACACUCCUUGGCAUUUUCAUGAUAACCAUUGUCAAUGUGUUAAUCUCAGUUUUUGCCGUUCAGGAACAAGCACCCGUUUUUCCUGAAUCCACAACUGAUUGCGUGCCGUAAUUUAAAUCUCUUUAAAUCUGC